AUGUUGCUCCAGAAGCAGGGAGACGGAUAUUUUAAACCGAUCGCGUAUUAUAGCCAACGGACAACACCGACGGAAGCGAAGUACCAUAGCUUCGAGCUGGAGUGCCUCGCGGUAGUGAACGCGCUAAAACGUUUUAAAGUCUACCUGAGCGGAAUACGGUUCCGAAUUAUUACCGAUUGCGAUAGCUUCCGUUUAACACUAGGUAAGCAGAACGUGAAUCCAAGAAUUUCUCGUUGGGCUUUGUACCUGCAGGAUUUCGACUACGAAAUUCACCAUAGACCGGGGAAAAGAAUGAAUCACGUAGAUGCGCUCAGCCGUUGUCACAGCGUGCUAGUAAUUGAGGGCAAUACCUUCGAGCAAACACUGUCGGUGUGUCAAAAUAAAGAUCCCGAGAUAGGAAAAAUUCGAGACCAGUUGGAAAAGGGGGAGUUAAAGCAAUUCGAACUUCGCGACGGACUCGUGUACCGGAAAGAUAGGACAAAGAAGCUGCUAUUUUACGUACCGCGAUCGAUGGAAGAUAACGUGAUUCGUACGUGUCACGACGAUCUCGGGCACGUAGGGCAAGACAAAGUUGUUAGUAAUCUCGGGAAAUUGUAUUGGUUUCCGAACCUGCGGGAAAAGUCAACCGGUUCCCAAGAGGUAAUCAGGUUUUUAAGGGAAUAUUUCCGGGCCUACAGCAGACCGGAACGAGUAAUUACCGAUCGCGGAACCGCGUUCACAUCAAGCGGUUUUAAAGACUUUUUAGAGACCGAGGGCAUUGGCCAUAUUUUGAUUGCGGUUGGUACACCUCGGGCAAAUGGGCAAAUAGAGCGGUUCAAUCGUGUAAUAACUCCGAUGAUAGCAAAGUUGAGCGAAACCCCAAAUAAAUGGGACCGUGUGCUUGAACAGGUCGAAUUUGCGAUAAACAACACAGUUUGCCGAGCGACGAAAGACACGCCUAGUCGAUUAUUGUUUGGCGUUGAGCAGGCAGGAAAGCCACACGACUACCUGCGGCUUUUGAUACGGACGGCCUCAAGCGAAAAUAGGGCCUUAGAGGAAAUCCGCGGGAAGGCAGCGGAAGCCAUUCGGAAAAUACAAACAAUCAAUGAAAAUUAUUAUAAUAGGAAACAUAAGGAGGCAUUUGUGUACAACGUAGGAGACUACGUCAUGAUUAAAAAUGUCGAUACGUCAGCGGGCGUAAACAAAAAACUAUUGCCUAAGUUUAAGGGGCCAUACGAGGUAAAGAAAGUUUUAGAUUGCGACCGAUAUGUAAUUGGGGAUAUUGACGGAUUCCAAAUAAGCCAAAGGCCUUACAGCGGCGUUUUAUCACCGGACAAUAUGAAACCGUAUAUCGCGACAUGA